AAUAAUUCACAAUUAUCAAGUACAUACCUGCCUCUGCGGAUGAAAUACGUAAAUAGCUAUAACGCCGGUGUGUUAUCAUUUCCCUAUCUUAUUCCAAGCAUACUGUGUCUCGCUGUAGUACAUAUAGUCAAAGACCGGAGUUAUAUUGUCUUGUCACUUUGGAGCCCACGCUUGGCAUCGUUGAGAUGAUCAAAUGGAGUUGAUCCUGGUUUCAUGAGUGAUAUUUGAAUGUUUGGGACAUAUUCUCGCCAGACAUUUUGGUAACCGGGUUGGCCCGUCGUUUUGGUCCAAUGAUGAUUUACAACAUCGUUUUCAAUGUAAAUUUGUUCGCUACACGAACUCCCUCUAGAUUGUCCCAUCUGAAAACAGUCAAGGUUCCAAGCUGAGGUAGGAUGUCGCGCACGUGAUCACGCGAUUUCAAUUUUGGACCGCCAAAGUACCUAGACCUCUCCCCACUUCAUCCCAACUACAAUCAUCAUGCCUGCCCGCGUGCUCUUCAUUCUAUACCAGAAUCAAGAUGUCAUUAUUCGGCGGUGACGGCGCCAUACCUUCGUUGUCGACGUCACCAUCACCACCGCCCUCUUCGCUAUUGACAGCUCCCAUCAACGAAACCGAGGAUGUGCAAGAUGCGCAAAGACAUGCACUACACCCCGCCACGCUCGACACGGACGCUGAUGAUUCCGAACCCGAAACCGAUUCAUACGAUGAUGAAGAGGACCCUGAAACUUCGCGACCGAACAAAUUCACCGGCCAUGCGCGAACGUGGCGAGGCUAUACAUUCGCGGAUAGACAGAUCGCGGCUUCUUUGGGAAACAUCGAAGCUUCAGAUCUGGGAGCCCACCUCUACAAUACACACCAUCUCAAGCAUCGGAUGCGAAGACCUCCAGAACAGCUAGUGAAGGUACAAGAUUGGCACAAGAAAGAAUCUUGGCUUAAGAAGGGAAAAGAGUUGGAGUUCACGAACCCGUUCGGGGAGAUUGAAGAAGAGUUGAUACCCAAGAAGUCAUGGUCAGCGUGGCCGCUACCCCCCAGUCGCAUUCAAAAAGCAGAUCGAGGCGUGCGACGGCCAGACGAUGACGAAGAUACGUGGUGUAUUGAAGCUGCGAGGGCUGAUGAUGUGGGCGAGGCAAUGAGAGAGGAAAUUAUGGCGUUAUUUGUACGGAGAGCGAAGGAUCAAUGGUUAUCCCGAGAAUCUGAAGAUGAAGAUGAGGAGGACGGAAAUGCGACUGAUGCUGAAGCUGACUUAGCAGAGUCGAAUCGCGAGGAUACCAAGCCGGCAAAGCCAGAAUCAGUCACAACAUCCGACGUAGAGAUGCGUGACCAUGAAAACAGCACGGGCGGAAGUGGUUUGAAGGAGGAUACUGUUGAAAGAUCGAUCGAAAGGCGCGGUGCAUACCGCGGUUUUGAACAUGACGGUUCUUUCACGAAGCCAGUGUUUCUUGCCGAUGAUGAUACUGCCCAACAGAUCCUGCAACCUUCAGUUAAUUCACUGCUCACCAGCUUGGAUGAUCUUGCGCUCUCUAUCCGCAGGGUGCGACUCAAUCAUACUGGAAGAGGCGCGUAUAGUGAAAUGUCAGGUAGCGAGUUCACAUCCGACGCAGAAUCGUCAGCAAAAAGUAUUGGGCCCAGCACGCGAUCAAGCAGACAACCAACGAAAGGAAGAGGAAAAGCUUCAGGAUCUCGACGGCGGUCUCGAACUCAUAGCAAGAAAGCAGUAGCUCUACCUGCCCCAAAACCUCUGGAUGAGAGUGAUUCUGCCUCGGAUUAUCGCCGUGAUCAGGCAGAAGACAGUGAGAGCGCAUCGAGUUCAUCUGACCAGUCUCUCCCGCGACAAAAAAGAGGCUCAGUGGGCGAUUCCAGGAGAAAUAGUGACGCCUCGAAUACCCCUGGUUUUGAAAAGGACCAGACCGGUCUGAUGGACUGGAGCGAAGUACUUGGUAUAGCUUCCAUCACUGGGUGGAACGAGAUUGCGGUCGCUCGUACGGCUCAACGGUGUGCAGAACUGUUCAAGGAAAGCAUGAGCUAUCGGAGACUCAGUGAAGCUUCAGUAUCGAAACCGAUUCCUGAUGUUGUACAAUAUACACCAUCUACAGUUCCUGAUUAUGAGGCGCUGGGUAUCGGUACUAGCCCACCUCCGAAGCGCCCUUUCUUCAAUGCAGGGACCCUCCGCUGUCCGCACACGAAUUGCUGGGGCAGUGAACAGGACUUCAAGAUUCCUUAUCGAACUAUUGAGCAUGUCAUACGUAUCCAUCGGUACGAUCCACGGAAGAACAACUCGGACAACGAAGAGCGCAAAUAUGGAGGAGUGCAUAUCGAUGGCUUUCUGCAACCUGUCACUGCGAAGCAAGGAUGGCUAGGUUCAGGCAGAGCGAGAUCGAAGUCUACUGAUCAGAAUGCGGAGACUAUUGAGCGUACGGCUAACACUCGCAAAAAACAAAAGACGGAUGCCGGGGCAAGUCCUCAGGUGGAAGCUAGCGUUUGA